AUGACAUCAUCCCAGCGAACUGCGCUGGAGAACAGCAAGCGACCAAUUGGCACGGCAGCAUGCUUGAUUAUCGGAGACGAGGUGCUUGGUGGGAAGACUGUUGAUACCAACUCCGCGUAUUUUGCCAAAUAUUGCUUCUCGAUGGGUGUACAGCUCAAGCGCGUUGAAGUGAUCGCCGACGAUGAAGACGAGAUUAUCGAAGCCGUAAGGCGGAUGAGCAACAAAUAUGACUUUGUCGUCACAAGCGGAGGAAUUGGACCAACACACGACGACAUCACCUACCAAUCAAUAGCCAAGGCAUUUAACCUGAAGCUGAAAUUCCACGAAGCCGCUUUCGAGCGCAUGAAACGGCUCUCAACCCCUAAGCAAGCCAGCCCAGACUUCGACUGGGACACCCCAUCGCCCGCUCUGACCGCCCGACUACGCAUGGUCCAUAUACCUACCGACGAAACCCGCCCGCUCUCCGAACAAGCAAUGUUCAUCGAUGACGAGCUGUGGAUCCCCGUGUCCAUCGUCAAUGGCAACGUUUACAUCCUCCCCGGAGUCCCAUCUCUGUUUGAAAGGAUAUUAACCCGUCUCAAACCAAUUCUCCUCCCCAAGCUGAUUGACCCGGAGGGAAAGGGGAUAUAUCGAUUCCUCUUCGCCACGCCGCUUUUUGAGAGCUCGAUCGCGGAGUAUCUGACCAGCUUGGCUGAGCGGGUGGCGCCAAAGGGGAUCAAGGUGGGUAGUUAUCCGAGAUGGGGCAAGAAGAGGAAUACCGUCACGCUGGUGGGAACGGAUAAGGAGUAUAUGGAGAGUUUGGUGGAUGAGAUUGAGAAGAACGUGCAGGGACGGAGGGUGUCCAGGGAGGAUGAGGAUGAUCCUCCUGCCGAAGAGGACGAGGAGAAUUAG